AACAGUCCGCAGAUCUCAUUUAUUUGCCGCACGCCGAGGCGUUCACAACGUUCAAAAGCUGCGCGCUCAAGUUAGAAACAAAAUACAGAAGCAUCGGCAAAACAGUGCGAGAAAACCGCGAAAAGUGCAUCCUCUGUAAAAUUUAAAUAAUCCAACCAUAAGCGUGAUAGAACGUGUGCCUACCAUUACGCAUAAAUUAAUUUCCACAAUCUAUUGAAGUAAACAUCUUCGCUUGAAGGACACCUUGGCAAUAAAUUGUACAAUCGGCAAAUACAAUUAAGGAAAAUCUAAUCAACCAAGCCAACCGGCACCUGCAGUCAAAGCCAUUUAAAAAUGUCGCCUUUGCUUCCACUGGCAUCUCUAAUCAUCUUGGCCAAUUUGGUGGCAGCUCGACCCUAUUCCUAUGGUCCACGGGCAGAAGCGCCUCCCACGAGAUUGGCCAACCGGAUUGUGGUGCAGUCGCCCUCGCUGGACAACUUGUACAUGGACUACGUGGUCACAUCGAAGCCGCUGAGUCUGCGCAAGUACAACAAGAACGGCAGUAAGACGAAAAAAACGAAAAAGGAUUCGAAAAUAUAUUACAUACCCGUACCCCCACUGCCCUUCCGACACAUACCCGGCAUCGGCUUGGACUAUCAGCCGAUGAAAAUCAAUCCCAUCCUCCACGAGACCGACAGCACAACGAGGAAGACCACAACAGUGCGCCCACCGGCGACGACAUCUAGCCCCAAUCUGGACCAUCGGAAUCCGAGUAAAGUACUUCGAGUGCAGCAUCUAAAGGAUUACUACUUUAAUGGGCGUCCACAUCGACUGCAGGUGGCCCAUGCCGAUAAGAAGUCCGGACUGACGGCUCUUAACCUAAAGUCCAAAUUUUACUAUAACAAAAACAUUAUUUAUUAGUACUGUUAGUUAGAAAAUAAUAAAAACAAAAGGAAGCCCCACAAUUGCUUUGUAUUUCGCGGUUUGGUAAGCGAAAUUGUUAAGCAGCUUUUGAAUGAAACCGAACUAAAAAAGGAAAUCGCAAAACCUUUCAAUUGGAUCGCAUUUCCUAUGAGCCGAAUUGACAAAACCCCCGAAUUGGGUCAAAAUCAAGCGAAAGAAAUCUCUAAAAGCUGAGGGGCUAUUAAUUUUGAUGAUAUCUGUUUGGAUCAUGAUAUAAGAGUUAAGCAUCAUUAUUAAGUCGGCUUCCGCUUCGGUAGCAUCAUCGGUAGCUAAAAAUCAUCUUCACGUGUGGUCCGACCAUCUGUCCAAUCCAUUUAGUAAAAGUAAUUACUGUCACCGUUGUCUCUGCGCAUGCUAAAUGCUUCGAGUUGUGCAAUAAAUAAUAAUAAAUAAUAAGGCGCUGAAAAAUGGCCAAUCGAACUGAGAAGACUUUGAAAUGGGGGCAAUUAGAAAAUAUUUAUGGGAAUGCAAAUUUGUAAAUAGCAAUUGGAGUUGAAGAGCUCAUUAGAUGA